AUGUCCUCGCAGGACAGUCUCCCAUCGUCCCGUCCCUCCCUAUCAGAUCCUCCAUCUCAGGAUGCGAUUGCUCUCUUUGAUCUGCAUCUCAAGUUCCUGACUGACUCAUACCUGAGCUUCUUUCAAGAGCGUCGCAGGAUAGAAGAGACAUAUGUCGAAUCGCUCCUGAGACUCCAUCGCAAGGUGAAGACUGUUGAUCUCAUUCUCGAUGACCCGAGUCGUGGUGGUGACUUGAACACAACGCGAGCUGCUUGGGCUGAGAUACGGGACAACAUUGCAAGAGAGGCCGACACUCGUGUGGCAUUCCUCGGCACCCUGACCACAGACGUCGUCAGUCCGUUAAUGGCUCUGAAGGAAACACAAGAUCGCAUUCGAAAGCGUGUCAAAGAAGACUUGAAAGAGGCAGUCAAUACGCACACGGACUACUCAGAGAACGUCCUACCCAGAUUGAAACGCAAUUAUCUAAAGAAAUGCCAAGAUGCUGAGGACUACAGAACCGCCGCGGCAGCCGUCGCGUCACAGCAAGCUACGGGUUCAUUUGACCCUACCACUGGUAGUUCUGCGAUCAAGCCGAAUCCAAAUAUUUCUGCACGGCCCAUUGUGACCGCACCACAGCCACUCAGGCCACUUGACCGCCGCCCGUCCGUCGGCGCCCCUUCCUCCCAUGCACGUUCGCCUUCUACCUCGACGGCCUUGCAAGAUGCAUUUCAUCAAGGAAAGAAAGGGUUGAAUCAACUCAUUACACUACUUGACAAGGGCGGAAACAUGAAAGAUCUUUCUGGGCGUUCUGACAAUGCGCUGCGCUCCGUACGCGCCAAGCGCGAGGCAGAAGAGUCAGAUAAAGAAUACAGGAAAGGCGUUCAUUGGUUGGAGACACUGCGCCUCCGCAGAGUGAAAAUACUUGAAUCCGGUUACAAUAGCCUGGAAUCUUUCGUGCGCGAAGCUGCGGAGAUUGUGAAGGCCUCACUAGUGCGAUAUACGGACAAUAUGGUUGCAACAUCUACAACACAGAUCCAAAUUGCGGAGCAUGGUCGACGGAUCGUCGAGAAGAUUUCUUCGGAGAAGGACAGCGCAUUAAUUGGAACCAAUAUUCCUCGAAUGCUCUUAGCCGCUGUCCCGAAGCCCGUAUAUUAUUACAAUUACAACGUUGGAGAGUGUAAAGACCUCAUCUUUGGCGUCAGCUUGGUAGAUUAUGCCACUGCUCGAAACCUCACUGAAGGCGAAGUCCCGAAGAUCGUGCGGGUGUGCAUUAAGGAGAUUGAGAGAAGGGGUUUGGAAGCCGAGGGGAUUUAUCGAGUGUCGGGCCGGCAUGCUUCUGUCCAGGAGCUUCAGCACAAGGUCGAGCGUAACGAAACAUCGUUUAUGUUCAAUUAUGCCAUAGACGACGUCUACGCUGUGGCAUCACUUCUGAAGCUAUAUCUUCGUGAAUUGCCGGAGCCGUUGUUUAAAUUCCCUCUUCAAGAGCGUAUCCAGCAUACUGAGGAGCUUGAUGAACAUAAAGCCAAUGACUUCCAGCUAUUACGCAGUAAGAUUCGAAGAUUACCACCUGUCCAUCAAGCCACCUUGAAAAUGAUCGUUGAACAUUUAAUGCGUGUGGCUUCAAACUCCGAGAAGAACAAGAUGGAUGCCAAAAACUUGGCUAUCGUGUUUGGUGCGGUCAUAUUUGGGGAGGAUGAGAUGCCCAAGGGUGGUGAUUUGUUGAGUGUGCAGUCUUGGAGGGACACGUUAGCGGAAGACCUCAUAAUGCAUGCGCAGACAUUGUUUUCAUCCUCGGGAUCACCUCCAUUACCUUCGGCUCAGCUGGUAGGAGAAUCUACUCUUAUGGUGCCUCACGGCCCCUCGCACACCAAAGUACCAAAGAUAGGGCCUCCGCCAUCGCCUAAGCGCAGCCCACCACUCUCACGCUCUCCAUCUUUACCACCCCGACCACCACCUCCCUUUAGUGGUUCCCGUUCUCCAGAAGAUUUUACGCCCCAACUGCCCCCUCAUCCGCCUAGCAGCAUACAUCCAUCCCUACGCACAGGUCCGAUGUCUGCUCUACCCUCACGUCAAUCACUCCCUGUUCAGCCAAGGACUAUCGAAAGUCAGAUGCCACCUCCCCUGACCGCGCCGCUGAGGGCGCGUUCGAGGAGUAGAGAAGGUCGCUAUGCGCCACGUACGACGCCGAGGCAGCGGGAGAUGUCGCCUGAUCAAACGGUACAGUCUAAGGAGACCAGGCUUACUCCCCGAACAACUCCUCAAUUGCCCCCACGAGCACUGCUUCCGGAUGACUUUACAGGGACUGAGAUGAAAAUUUUCACCGAAGCGGGUUCGCCGAAUGAAAGACCCAAUGGUCAAGAGCGGACUCCGGAUGGCAGGGGAGACGUCCCGCCGUUAGCGUCAUCCACAUUAAUCGUCAACAGCGUGAAGUCAUCGUCAAGAGAAUCAAUACUUACGUCCGAUCUUGACACUCUUCCGAAGUCACCAGUGGCUGUCCAGUCGGUUGUCCCGGGCGUAGAAGCUGCUACAUCGACGGAGUAUCCGCACUCGCCCUUCUGA